AGUGUCCAGCCUGGGUCACAGUCAGCUUGGUCCAGGGACAGGCCCGGGACAAAGGAGAGACGAUGCCUCGCGGUGGAGACAGCACCAAGAAAACAUCCAAGAAGAAACUAGGAAGAGACCACCAGUCCGGAAGAGGGGAAUUACGGAAGAAGGCUGCGCAUCCCUGGAAGUUCUUUUUACCCGAGGAGCCGGACCUGUCGAGGAUUCUGAGAGCCAACGGGACUGAGCUGGAAGAGGAUGAACCUGACCAUUCCUUUGCCCACCCCCUGCACAGCACGGCCGUGUACACGGACGAGGAAGACGCCUUCCUGAACCCCAGGCCGCUGGCCGGCUCCCCGCCCCCGGCGUCCACGCCACUCCCGAAAGGAGCCCCGAGGUUGAGAGCAUCCCGCAUCGAGUCCGAGGCAGAGAAGCGUCCCGAGGACAGACCCGCCCAGACGCCCCGGAAGGCCAAGCCCCGGAGCGGCGAAGCCAAGCCGGCCUCGACCGGGCCUUCGGAUCCGAGCACCUCGACCAAGGUCACCCAUCUCGUGAAGACGUUCAAGGGACAGCAAGACGGACGGACACCCUCCUCCUCCGACCCCCCGGAGCGGUCCGAGGCGCCGGCGGUGGCCACUCCAUCCCAGAAGGGAGGCCGACGGGGACCCCCACAGCCAUCUGGAAAGCAAGAGACCCUCAAGAGGAGAGAGCCAUGUCAGGGGAAGAAGAGGAAGACAUCGGAAGCUGGAGCCUUCACUCCCGCCGGCGAGAGUCGGGUCGGCGUGAAGCGGGGCCUCGCUGAGCUCCGUGUCAUCUUGUCUGCAUUUGAGGACGCAGUCACCACGUACAAGCAGGAAGUGGAUUCUAAAGUUUGCAAGAAAGCCAUCGACCGGUUUUUUGCAGCCUUUAAGGAGCAGCUCACUCAAAUGGUAACGGACGCCCAGGACCUGACCGAUUUGCAAAGAAGAAAUGCCAAGGUCGUCGCGACCAUCAACCAGAAACGGAGGCGUCUGCUGGAAGUCCAAGAUGAGCUCAUACGGACGGACCCCCAGCUGAGCCGCCUCCGCCGGGAGCACGCCCAGCUGAGCCAGCGCCAGGCUUCCCUGGCCCAGGCCACCGACUUCCUGGCCAACUUGAAGCAGCUGCGGCGUCAGUGCUGGGAUUUCAGGGAGAGGAAUCCGGCGCAGAAGGAAACGUAUGGGCCCUCCAGCCUGCCAGCUCUCCUGGUGGAAUCCAGAAGCGUCCUCAAGGCCGAAAACCACUUGCAGAACAUCAACAGGCGCCUAAAGCGGCUCGUCGACCAGGACGAGGCGGACGCGGUGGAGUACGUGGCUACAUAAAGAACUGUGCCGCUUUAUUCCGCGUUAAAUACGCUUUUAGGCAGGAAGCGGGUAAAGUGCUGAGUGUAAAGUGAAUAUAAAUAAAGCGUAACCAUUUUUGUGGCCCGGCA